AUGUGGACCUCAGGCAUAACCGCAUUGGUGACGUUGGCAGCAAGCGCCUGUCCAAAGCCAUCAAGGGCCAUCCUUCGUUGGAGCAGUUGGAUCUGCAGGACUCGAAGCGAGUCACACACCUCGAAAGCUUUGGACAAUGCCGUGGCAAUAGCUGGUGCGGAGAGCUUGUUUGCUGCCUGUGGGAAGAGGCUCGAAUUGAACAUGCAGAAUAACCCGGUGCCUCCGGAGAAGAUCACCCAGCUGGGGGCAUCCUUGAAGGAGGCGAGGGAAAGGCUUCACCUCACGGCUUUCGGUGGAGGACCUCCAGGUUCUGCGAAGGGGACUUUGCGGCCGCCGCGGUCCCGCGAGGGCACUGGCGGCGGUGGCGGUGGGAGGAGCCCGGCCGGACGGAGCCCAGCGCAAAGCACCGCGCGGAGCCCGGCGCUGAGCGCCUCGCGGAGCCCUGCUCUGAGCACCGCCCAAAGCCCAGCGAGGAGCAGGGCUUCCUCCUUUUUGCCUGGGAUAUCGAAAGAGGAGAUUGGCUGA